CUUCCAUUGUUUUUAAGCUUUCAUUUUCACGCUGCACCCUGAGAGGCCAUCCUUCAUUGCUGGGAGCCCUUGUGCCGGGCCUUCUCUCCCUGUUGCCUUCCAGAAACAAGCUGCCGUCUGGGAGGCAGAAGAUGCCCCACUCCAGUCUGCAUCCAUCCAUCCCACGGCCCAGGGGUCACAGGGCCCAGAAGGCAGCCUUGGUCCUGCUAGGUGCCUGCCUGGUGGCCCUUUGGGGGCUGGGGGAGCUGCCAGACUACACUCUCCAGUGGCUGGUGCUCCACCUGGCCUCCCAGCAGAUGGGACUGCUGAUCAAGGGGGGCUGCAGUCUGGCGGAGGAGCUGUGCCACGUCCACUCCAGGUACCAAGGCAGCUACUGGAAGGCUGUGCGGGCCUGCCUGGGCUGCCCCAUGCACCGUGGGGCCCUGCUGCUGCUGUCCUGCUAUUUCUACAGCUCCCUCCCAAACGUGGCUGGCGUGCCCUUCACUUGGAUGCUUGCUCUCCUGGGCCUCUCACAGGCACUUAACAUCCUCCUGGGCCUCCAGGGCCUGGCCCCAGCAGAGAUCUCUGCAAUCUGUGAAAAAAGGAACUUCAAUGUGGCUCACGGGCUGGCCUGGUCAUAUUAUAUUGGGUACCUGCGGCUGAUCUUGCCAGGGCUCCAGGCCCGGAUCCAAAUUUACAAUCAGUUCCACAACAAUGUGCUACGGGGCGCAGGAAGCCACCGGCUGCACAUCCUCUUCCCGUUGGACUGUGGGGUGCCUGACGACCUGAGCGUGGCUGACCCUAACAUUCGCUUCCUACACAAGCUGCCCCAGCAACGUGCUGACCGUGCGGGCAUCAAGGGCCGGGUUUACACCAACAGCGUCUAUGAGCUUCUGGAGAAUGGGCAGCCGGCAGGCAUCUGUAUCCUGGAAUAUGCCACCCCCUUGCAGACCCUGUUUGCCAUGUCACAGGAUGGCCGAGCUGGCUUUAGCCGGGAGGACCGGCUUGAGCAGGCCAAACUCUUCUGCCGGACACUUGAAGACAUUCUGGCAGCUGCCCCUGAGUCUCAGAACAACUGCCACCUCAUUGUCUACCAGGAACCCGCAGAGGGAAGCAGCUUCUCCUUGUCACAGGAGAUUCUCCAGCACCUUCGGCAGGAGGAAAGGGAGGUUACCAUGGGCAGCGUGGGGACCUCGGUGAUGCCCGUUUUCUCCACACUGUCUCAAGAGCCUGAGCUCCUCAUCAGUGGCAUGGAACAGCCUCUCCCGCUCCGCUCGGAUGUCUUCUGAGGCCCAGAGUCACCUUCCCUGAGCCCCUGGCCAUCCCCAAGACUCUGGAUUGGAGGAUUUCUUUCUUCAGCAGCUAGAGGCCUAGCAGAGCCAUUUCCUCCCAUAGAGGGCCUCUCAGAAAAGGUCCCUGAGUUUGACAUCUCAAGAUGAAUCCUAUGACCUUGGGCAAGUUGUUUCACCUCUCUGAGCCUCAGUGUCCUCAUCUAUGAAAUGGGAUUAUAAUCAUUGCCCUACCUACCUCACCAGGUAGUUUUUGUGAGGACUAUGGCUGUAUGGGUUUUUUAUAAACUCUAAAUGCCAGGUAAACUUAAAGAA